AUUCUUCCCUUUGAAGCACUUUAACACAUUUUUCUUCUUGCAAUCUAGUGGAUCAAGCAGUGGAUGUCUGGAAAUCCUGCAGGUUCAGCAAGGAGGAGAUCUUCCUCCUCAAGAUCACAAGAGCAACACAAUUUUAAUCACCCACAGCUGUUUACUGAUAGUAGCGUGGCUUCGGAUAUACAACAAAUGAUUGACCCAUUAAUGAAUUAUAAUUUUGCACCUGAUCAUGAAAACGAGGGCCCUUCAUCCUCGACAGGGAAAAAAGGGCGGAGCAGGAAUUUCAAAGGAAUACGCCCUCCAGAAAAUAGAGAGAGCAGAAAAUGGGUUAAACUCACUGAUGAUAAGCUCCAGUUUGCUGAUCCAAACAUCCCUCGGGUUAUCACUUCACUAUGGAAGUCACGUUUUGAUGGCCCGUAUUUCACAUACGAGCGUGUUCCCCAGAGUAAGAUUGCUGAAAUUUAUAAUUGUUUCAAGACACUUUACCAGUGGGAUCCUGCAGAUAAUCGCAAUGUGCGAGAUGCAUUCCUAAAUUCUCAUAUAUGGCCUCAACUGCUAACAUAUUGGGACUCUGAUGAAUAUAAGAGGCUCAGUGCAAGGGGAGCAAAGAAUAGGAGCUAUGGGGAAAGGGUGACUCACACCACUGGGUCCGUUAGCUUUGGCAUCCAUGAGAUGCGGAUGGAUACUUAUGUUGCGGAGUGCAUAGAUAGUCAUGGCUCUGAUGCUAGUUCGUGGCCACGCAUGGAUAACGAGGCAUGGGUUAAGGCUGUUGGAGGUUGCUCAUUUAAUUUCAUGCCAGGGAUUGGCUCCCAAGUAAAUCCAGAGAUGACAAUCGCACAGUCUGUUGCAGCAGCUUUAGCCGCUCAUGGCAUCUCCCCUCAGGCAGGUCAUCAUCCAGUUGCCCCACCACAGCCGUCACAGGGUCCUGGCUCAGGUCUUCGCAUGAAUUCAGCUUUCACCUACUCCACUGAUUCUACACAAACCUCUCCUAUGGUCCCUGAAUAUCAACAGCAGCGGCAGUUUCCGCCUCAAGAUGAUGAGGCAUACCAUCCUACUUUUGAUCCAGACUAUCAGGGUCCUUAGUUUUUUUAUUUUUCUGCUACGCACAUUAUCUGCAUACUUUGCAUGGUUGACUUUAUUUCUAUUAGUACUUUAAACUGUUAGCAUUAGCUUUUAUUACGAUAUAUUUUCUUAUUUUGCUUGACCUCUAGUGAUCAUACUUCAAAAGGUAUGAAGUUUUGGACUGCUUUGGAGGUUAAUUAUUAUUAACUAAAUAUCGUGGGUAUUU